UGACAGAUUUGGGUGAGAUGAUCAUGCUUUUGCCAGUGAACCCACCUGAUCAAAAGGAUUGUCAAGAUGACGCUGAUCCAAGAAAGAACAACAAACCGCUACCUCCAUGCAUUUGAAAAACAUGGAACCAGUGGCCCUGAAUGCUGUGGGAGGGGCUUUUCCCUAACCCGACUCUCCCUGCUUCAGAGAGGAGUUCAGUCAACUGUAACAACAGCUUAUAAACACAUGUGGACUUGGCUUUGAGGUGCUGAGCCAAGUGGGAGACAGACUUUCAUAAGGUUUAGAGAAACCAGGAGACUGCCAUCAUGGCGGGGAAACCCAAGCUUCACUACUUCAAUGGACGGGGCAGAAUGGAGGCCAUCCGGUGGCUCCUGGCUGCAGCUGGAGUAGAGUUUGAAGAGAUAUUUAUAAAAACUCCAGGAGACUUGGAUAAGUUACGAAAUGAAGGGAGUUUGAUGUUCCAGCAAGUGCCCAUGGUUGAAAUUGAUGGGAUGAAGCUGGUGCAGACCAGAGCCAUUCUCAACUACAUUGCCACCAAAUACAACCUCUAUGGGAAAGACAUGAAAGAGAGAGCCCUGAUUGAUAUGUAUGCAGAGGGUGUGGCAGAUCUGGGUGACAUGAUCAUGCAUUUGCCACUGUGCCCACCUGAUCAGAAAGAUGCCAAGACGACCCAGAUCAAAGAGAGUAUAACAAACCGUUAUCUUCCUGCAUUUGAAAAAGUGUUGAAGGGUCAUGGACAAGACUAUCUUGUGGGCAACAAGCUGAGCAGGGCUGACAUCCACCUGGUUGAACUUCUCUACUACGUGGAAGAGCUGGACCCCAGCCUUUUGGCCAACUUCCCUCUGCUGAAGGCCCUGAAAACCAGAGUCAGCAAUCUCCCUGCCGUGAAGAAGUUUUUGCAGCCUGGCAGCCAGAGGAAGCCUCCCAUGGAUGAGAAAAAUUUGGAAGAAGCAAAGAAGAUUUUCAGGAUGCAAUAAAGCGGGCGUGGCUGCCCAGAACACAGGGAAAACUUCAGGAGAUUGAAGUUUUCCAACAGUGAAGUGCUUUACCUAUAUGUAGAUCCUGGCUACUGUGAAGCUAAGAAAUAUUCCAAAGUAUAAGAGCUAAUUUAAUUAGAAUGCAGAUUUAGUUGCAGAGCAAUCCAUUUUGUUUUGAUCACAUACGAAAUCAUGAUCUCCUCCUAGAAUGUGCCUGGGACUUAAACAUAAAUAAAGGGAGAGAAAGUG